UUCAAUUAUGUCACAGCAGAUCUCAAAGUACAGUAGGCCUAAUGCUAUCUCCGUUUGAUCUAAAACAUCAUCUUGUUAGUACGUUACUCGCUUAGUUUAUCGUCAGUCAGCAAACGAACUUUGAACUUCUAGACAGCAGUAUUUAUGACAACCAGUCAAUCAGAGACAACAACCGCGGAAUAGGAAAUUUUAUUUAACAUGUCAAAGAAAGAUGGAUUUCACGUCGUCACGCCGCUUCUGGAAAGCACGGGGAUGUCUAAACGGCUCGGGACCACCGUGUUUCUAAAGAUGGAGAGCUCGCAACCCACUGGGUCUUUCAAAAUCCGCGGCAUAGGAUACAUGUGUCAAAAUGUUGCAAAUUCAACCAAGUCAGCUGGUGUGGUUUGUUCCUCUGGAGGAAACGCUGGCAUGGCCACUGCAUAUGCUGCAAGAAAACUCAGUCUUCCUGCCACGAUUGUUUUACCAUCUGCGACGCCUCAUCUGGUAGUGGAGAAACUUAAGGAUCAGGGAGCUACAGUUAAAGUUGCUGGCAAGGUAUGGGAUGAUGCAAAUGCUGAGGCCCUCCGAUUGGCUAAAAUUGAAGGUCUUACUGUAAUACAUCCAUUCAACCAUCCUCUGGUCUGGAAAGGUCAUUCCAGUAUAGUGCAUGAACUCAAGGCAUCAUUGCCAUCUAAACCUGGAGCUAUAGUGCUGUCUGUGGGUGGUGGAGGUCUGUUUUGUGGGGUGAUGGAGGGGUUGGAUGAAGUGGGUUGGGGAGGUGUUCCUGUCCUCUGCAUGGAGACCGUAGGUGCAGACUGUCUCAAUGUCGCAUCGAAAGCUGGUGACCUAGUUACGCUGCCGGACAUUACAAGUCAAGCAACGUGUUUGGGAGCGAAAACAGCUUGCCAACAGGCGUUUGAGUACAGCAAACGGUCCACGGUUAUAUCAGAGGUGGUAACAGAUCUACAAGCCUUGGAAGCAAUAGAAACUUUCCUGGAUGAGGAGCGUGUGUUGGUGGAGUUGGCCUGCGGAGCGGCUCUGGCAGCAGUCUACAGUGGUGUCAUCCAGAGACUACAAGAGGAGGGACGCCUCCCUAAACCGCUGGAUCCGCUGGUGAUGAUCGUGUGCGGAGGUGGAAGUGUAAACCUGGCUCAGCUUCAGCACUUGCAGGCAGUUAUACGGAAAUAAACUCUUUUAUUAUCAGCCGUAUUUAUAGAAACGUCCAUCUGUUAAAGCUAAAAUGUAAAAGUUGGUCAUUGCAUUUGCCAUGAACACUUCUGCACAGGAUAGUUUAAAGGGGACAUAUUUUUCCAUGUUUAAGUGAUAUAAUUGGGUCCCCAGUGCUUCUGUCAACCUAGAAAAUGUGAAAAAGAUCAACCCAGUAACUUAGUUUUGGUAAACCAUUCUUUGCAAGCAUGUGAAAAAAUAGGUCAUUGAAAUUUGUCUCUCCUUGUGAUGUCAGAAGGGGAUAAUACCACCCCUAAAUCUGCAUUAUCCAACCACUGCACUGUCAUUUAGUGCAGAGAUCAGCUCAUUUGCAUUUUAAAGGACACACCCACAAUGGCACAUUUUUGCUCACACCUACAAAGUGGCCAUUUUAACUUUUUAUAUAAAUUAUCCAUAUGGUAUUUUGAGCUAAAACUUUACAUACAUACUCUGGGGACACCAAAGAUUUAUUUGACAUUGUAAAAAAGUCUUGUGAUACGUUUUCUUUAAAUAUUCUGCUGUACUUUAGAUAUUACAUUUUUAUAAAAACACAUCUUGCAUCAGUCUGAAGUUUGUUUUAAGCAAACAUACACGGAAUAAAAAUCACAUGUUCUCAUGAUAUAUUUUUUGUGUGAUUUUUGUCACUUACCAUCUCUGACCAGCAGGUGGCGCUUGUGUUCACAGUAUUGAUAUUCAUUGAACAUAAUGUCUAUCUUCCUAUAGGGAACCAACUCUUAGUGGAUAUAAAAUGGCAAGAUUACACAGAUGUUAACAACUUUACAUUGAGCUUCUGUGCAUUAAGCCUUUCAUGGUUUAGACCUAAGAAUUAAAUGCAUCAAAACAUAACAUUGAUCCCAAUCCCCACAGAAAACCCAAUUUGCUCUCUUUCUGGUCUGUAAUAAAAAAAUUCACAUAAAGAAAAAUAAAUUAAAAUGUAUCUGUGC